UCAUUACUUGUUUUCUUUAAAAGGGGACUCUUCGUUUGCUAAUUUCCACUCUAAGAACGCUUCCCAAUCUGAGGCCGCGUUGAUUUGAGGUAUCAACUGUACCAGCAGAACUCUUGAGGUAUACGUCGAGAAAGCUCCUUUGGGUUAUACAUGGAUCCACUAAGCUCCUCUGAGAUAACGAUUUCCGUUGAGAGAGGGAUAAUUGAAAGUCCGAGUAGUGCAAAUCCGAAUCCUGCGGCAACUACAGGGGAGCGUGCAAACCCGAUUCCUUUGGAAAAGUUGAAUCCGACGAAGAGUGUUACGUCCCCUGUAAGAGAAUGGGCAGAAAGGAGACAACCGAGAGAAGGGAUUAAGGAAAGCUGGCGUUUUGGAAGAGAACGUGCAGAAUGGAUACAACGGAGAGUAGCGAUUAAGGAAAGGUGGCGUUUUGGACCAACAUUUAGAAGACUCUUAAAUCCGAAUGGGGAAUUUUGUCAAGUUUGGAGUGCUGUGUUGAUACUAAUCUGUGGGUUUGCGGUAUCAGUGGAUCCUUUAUUUUUAUACAUUCCUAUAGUCAACAUAGACAUCAAGUGUACCAGAUUGGACAGAAAGUUGAAAGUUACGGCUCUUUAUUUGCGAUUCCUCACAGAUAUCUUUUACGCAUAUGACAUUAUCUGGAAUGUUCUUGAGGAUCGUUUUAAUCGUUGGAGGAUUAUUAAGCAAUGGUUGCCAAUUGUUGUUUUGGCUGUUGCUCCUGUUCCACAAGUUGUUAUUCUCUCGUUCACAAAAAUAAUAAGGCUCCCGGGUUCUUAUAGAAUGAUGGUGAACUCUCUUCUUGUGCUGCAAUACGUGGUCCGGGUUGGACGCAUUUAUCAAUUGCGUGAGCAUAUAACCCAAGACACUCCUAUAAAAUGGUUUAAGGGUGUUGGCAAAUUCUGGAUUCGUGGCGUUUUCAUAAUCUUUGAGUUCAUUCUUGCUAGUCAUGUUUUCGGAGCUCUUUGGUACUUUCUUUCAUUUCAACGAUUGAUGGAUUGCUGGAAGUAUGCUUGUCGAAAUGAAAAUGGUUGUGAACUUGGAGGUUUUUAUUGUGAGGACAAGGAUACAUUCAUGAGAAAUGUCACGCUUCUAAAUAAUCUAUGUCAUGCAAAUCCACCAACCGCAACGUCUUUUGAUUUCGGUAUAUUUCUUGAUGCCAUUCAAUCUGGUAUCUUGAGCUCAACAGAUUUUCCACAGAAAUUCUUGCACUGUUUUUGGUGGGGCUUACGAAAUUUAAGCUCUUUUGGGCAAAAUCUCCAGACUAGCAGCUAUGCAUGGGAAGACCUCUUUGCGAUUCUUAUUAAUGUUAUCGGCAUGCUAUUCGUUUUGAUAUAUCUCAAUGCAAUUGUGCAGAUGCAUGCCCAGUCGACAGCUGAAUUAUCAAAGGAGAACAGAAAGUUGAGGGAAAUGAGGAAUAAGAGAAAUCCUCAGAUAGCAUCAUGGUUAGAUGAGAAUGGCCUCCCUUUGGAUUUGAAAGAAAGGAUCAUGACAUGUGCAUUAAACGAAUUGAAAGCGGAUAAAGACAUCAACAUAAUAACUAUCAACGAUAUUCUUCCCUGGAAAGAUAGGGUUAAUAUCAAGCGCCGUCUCUGCCUAGAUACACUAAAAAGAGCUACGGAGCUUCAUAAUAUGAAAGAAAAGGAGUUUGAAGCAUUCUGUGAUUAUCUUAAGCCCGUGAUUCUUGAGGCGAACACCUAUAUUGAUCCAAAGGGGGAACAAUUUGAAGAGAUAUUACUCAUCACGCAAGGGACAGUGAUGACCUGCACACCUACAAGUAACCGGUUAUUUCAUAAAGGUGAUUUUUACAGAGAAGAACUUGUUCGAGCACGGGCAUUCUAUGAAGGGACGACCUCUCGCUCUACCAAGAGUGUUAUGUGCUGCACAAAAGUCGAAGGGUUUACGCUUACGAUCAAGGACAUGAAAAGAGGCAUUGAAAUAAUAAGAGAACAGAAACUACACCGUUGAAGUUGUUUUGGUUUCCUAGCCGUUAGGGUUGGGUUUCCUAGUUUCUAUGGCUUGUUUCAAGUAGUGGUUCAAGUUGUUUAGUUUGUUUCCAACUUUAGUCGUGUACCACGUAAUUAGGGUUGUUAAAAUGUGAGCUGUACUUUCAACUUUCAGUUCUUUGUAAGGCUGUUUAACGCCAUUGUUGCUCUUGAAUUCAUUAAUAGAAAUUCUUCCAACUAU